AUGCAGCAGGCGGCCGAGACAGGCCCCCGGGCCCUGAUCCAAGCCCAUGGAGCAGCCCACAGCACUGAACUCCUGGAAGGUGAUACAGCCCUCCUGCCUCCACUGCUGACUGUUUCAGCAUCUGAGCGUAAAGACGUUCUCCGACCUCACCCGACACCAUCCUCAGCCCUGAGACGCACCAUUCGCACCGACAGCUCCCUUCACCAGCUGCAGAGAGAUGAGGAGGAGGCCGCCGCCCUUCGUGCCGUGAGAAGGCCCUCGGCGGCACCCUCCGUGGCACCCCCGGCUGGCCCGGAUCCCGAGCUGAGCAUGAACCACCCCUUCUAUGACGUGGCCCGACACGGCAUCCUGCAGGUGGCAGGACCGAUGCCUGAACCCCUCCAAGCCACGCAGGCGGCCCUCUGUGUCCGCUCGGGAGGCAGCCCCUCCCCACUACCCCUGACCUGCGGUGGCCUCGUCCUGCAUCCUGUCCCUGCUCUCUGUGCGGCCGCACUGGCCCCGGGGGCCACCUCCCCGGCCGGGCCCCGAGAGCGUCGGGAGAGCUGGCGUGGUCCCCUUUGCAAAGCUCCCGCCCGGAGUCACCCCAGUGAGCAGGCAGCCUCAGGUCUGAUGAUGAAUGUCUCAGACUACUCGAGUCGCGGGGGCCGGGAGUCUGAAGGCACGGUGUCCCGUCAGCGGGCCGCAGGGCCCCGGGGGAGCUUCCCUCCAGCACGGUGUCCCGUCAGCGGGCCGCAGGGCCCCCGGGGGAGCUUCGCCUCCAGCACGGUGUCCCGUCAGCCGGCCGCAGGGCCCCCGGGGGAGCUUCGCCUCCAGCAGGGGAGCAUUUCUUGCCUCUUGCAGCUUCGGCGAUUUCACACCCCCCGGCCUGGUGGCCGCACUGCUCUCUGCCCUGCGUAUUUGAAGUACAUGCUGGACCAGUACGUGGAGAGCGAUUACACCAUCAUCUACUUCCACUACGGGCUGAGCAGCCGGAACAAGCCGUCCCUUCGCUGGCUCCAGAGCGCCUACAAGGAGUUUGACAGGAGGUACAAGAAGAACCUGAAGGCCCUGUAUGUCGUGCACCCCACCAACUUCAUCAAAAUCCUGUGGACCAUCCUGAAGCCCCUUGUCAGUCACAAGUUUGGGAAAAAAGUCACCUAUUUCAACUAUCUGAGCGAGCUCCGUGAACACCUCAAAUGUGACCAGUUGAGCAUCCCCCAGGAGGUUCUGCGAUACGACGAGGAACUUCGGAACCUGCACGCCGGCAGGCUGCCCCCUCCCACCAAGACACCCCCACCACGGCCCCCUCUGCCCACCCAGCAAUUCGGCGUCAGUCUGCAAUACCUCAAAGACAAAAAUCAAGGUGAACUCAUCCCCCCCGUGCUGAGGUACACAGUGACGUACCUGAGAGAGAAAGGACUCCACACCGAGGGCCUGUUCCGGAGAUCGGCCAGUGUCCAGACGGUCCGCGAGAUCCAGCGGCUCUACAACCAAGGGAAGCCCGUGAACUUCGAUGACUAUGGGGACAUCCACCUUCCGGCCGUGAUCCUGAAGACCUUCCUGCGGGAGCUGCCCCAGCCGCUACUGACCUUCGAGGCCUACGAGCAGAUCCUCGAGAUCACCAGUGUGGAGAGCAGCCUGCGGGUGACCUGCUGCCGCCAGAUCCUGCAGAACCUUCCAGAACACAACUACGCCGUCCUCAGCUACCUCAUGGGCUUCCUGCAUGAGGUGUCCCAGGAGAGCAUCUCAAACAAGAUGAACAGCUCCAACCUGGCCUGCGUCUUCGGGCUGAAUCUGAUCUGGCCGUCCCAGGGGGCCUCCUCCCUGGGUGCCCUCGUGCCCCUGAACCUGUUCACCGAGCUGCUGAUUGAGUACCACGAGAAGGUCUUCAGCCGCCGCCUGGAAGAGCGCGGGGCUCAGGCCGGCGAGCGGGGCGGUCCCCGCGCCAGAGGCUCCGCCCCCGACGGAGGCGCCGCUGGAGACAGACCCGCCUCCGGCCUCGCCCGGCCCCCGCUCCCUCCGCGUCCCCUGACCACGGCCUGGAGACUCCUCUAG